AUGACCACAAAUAGUGUGGGAUCCGAAAAAACCUCUGUACAAGUAGCACUUCGCAUAAGACCCAUAACAAAUGAAGAUGUAGCGCAUUUACCAACAAGGUUACAACGACAAGUCAUUACGGCAACACCUACUGCCCCUAAUACGGUGGUAGUUCAAUCAGACAAAAAAUUAUCUUUUAAUUACGAUCAUGUGUUUGGACCUGAUUCAUCACAACAAGAAGUAUAUGACAAGGCUGUAAUAAAUUUAGUUGAAAAUUUUUUAGAGGGUUAUAAUGUAACAAUAUUGGCAUAUGGACAGACGUCUUCAGGUAAAACACACACAAUGGGCACUGCAGAUAAUAAUUCAAUACCACCAGAAUCAAAAGGUAUAAUCCCACGUGCGAUGGAUACCCUUUUCAAUUUCUUGAACUCUCCUAAUUAUAAAACUAGAAGGUUUUCAUUAAAGGUAUCAUUUGUGGAGCUUUACAAUGAAGAUUUAAUAGAUCUUCUUGGUGAAGGACAUGGCGAUCUUAGACCUCAAGUGAUGAUUCGUGAAGAUGCUAAAGGUAAUAUACUUUGGAGCGGUUUACAAGAAAUAAGGGUAAACAGCGUUGAAGAAGUGAUGAGUUAUCUAGCUCAUGGCUCAUUAAACAGACAAGUUGGUGCAACUGACAUGAAUUCACAAUCAUCAAGGUCGCAUGCUAUUUUUUCAGUUACUAUGGUACAACAGAAAGCUAGUUUGUCAGCUGCAGGUCAAAGUUUACGGCCUGGUACACCUUCCAAACUUGAAUCAAAAUUCGGUGCUCGUCAGGCGUCAAACACAAAUUUAAGACUAAGUCGUAGAUUUGAUGAGGGUGAACUUAUCACUGUUACAAGCAAAUUUCAUUUUGUUGAUUUAGCUGGUAGUGAAAGGUUAAAACGAACCUCCGCUCUUAAUGAGCGUGCUAAAGAAGGUAUAUCAAUCAAUUCUGGUUUGCUUGCAUUGGGUAAUGUGAUUUCAGCUUUAGGUGAUCCAAACAAAGCGAAACAUACAACUCAUAUUCCAUACAGAGACUCAAAACUCACCAGAUUAUUGCAAGAUUCUCUUGGUGGUAAUGCACAAACCUUAAUGAUUGCUUGUGUAUCAUCUGCUGAAUAUAAUCUUAAUGAGACAAUUAACACAUUAAAAUAUGCUAAUAGAGCACGUAAUAUCAAAAAUAAUGCUGUUUUGAAUCAAGAAGAAAUUGGCUGGAAUGAUUUAGAACAUUUACAAUCUCUUGUUUUGAAAUUAAGAAUUGAAAUAAAAAAUCUAAAAUCUGGUUCUAAUAGCAACAAUGGUUCUAAUAAUAGUUCUGGUAGAAAUACUCCCACUCACAAUGAAAAGGAUGGUUCUACCGGCUUACAACCCCCUCAACUAAAGCGUCUUAAUUCUUCUCUUUCAAUAAAUUCAAAUGGUAGCGGUAGUUUGACUUACCAUAAAAGUGAUAAAGAUGUUGAUGCUUUAGAAGAAAAACUUUCCCUAUUACAAAGUUCCUACGUUGAAUUAUCUCAGAGAUAUGCGAAACAAUCUGCAGCGCUUGCUUUACAUCAAGACAACACCGAUAACGUGGAUGGAAAUCCUCGUCAACUUUCAUCAGAGGAAAAGGAAAGUAUUUUAAAACAAGCAGCUGCAAGUUUUCAAGAAGCUGUUGAACCGGUCAUUGAAGAAUAUGAAAAAUCAACAUCCGCUUUGGAAAGCAAACUUGCUGUGGCACACGCAGCUUUGAAUCACACAGAAAAUAUGAUGAAUGAUCAAGAAAUGAGAAUCGAGAUUGCUGAACAAGCUAACGAACAAAGCAAGAACCAAAUAAAUGAUUUGAAAAACAAGAUUUCUCAGUUUUGUGAACGUUACAUUCAUGAACUUGAAACACGUUUGGCUUCAAGCGAGGAGGAACUAAAGAAAUUUGUAAAGAAUGUCGAAAAACUUGAAAAGCAUCUACAACAAAGAGAACAACAAUGCACAGAAUUGGAGAUCAGGUUAAAGGAUUCUACUUCAGAGGAAGAAAAGAAAUCAUUAUUAAAUCAAAUUAAUGAUCGUGAUGGUAGAAUCGCUCAACUUGAGGAAAAGGUUGAUGAUCUUGCUCGUGAAUUAGAUUUGUUGAAGCGACAAAGCGAACAAAAGGUUGAUGAUCUUUCUCACGAAUUAAAUGUGUUGAAGCAACAAAGCGAACAAAAAGAAAACAUAAAUGAUCAAAUUUCACAAGAAAUAACCACGUCAGGUUUAUCUCCGGCAUCAGAAGAUGAUAGAUUAUAUCAUUUUUCACCAAUUCUAGGAAAAAUGUCAUUGAAAGAUGAACAAGAUCGGAUCCUUGACGAUCUCAAAUCUACCACACCAUCAACUCCAGCUACUCCAAUGACGCCCUACAGUAUUCAUGGUGGUCAAAACCCUAUAAGAAUGUCUCUUCCCCCGAUAAAUUUAAGUGAAAUUAAAGAUAACAGCGAGCCUAAACAUGGUUUACACCGUAAAACACAAUCAUUAUCAAAUGAGAUGAAAGAGUUUGAGCAAUAUGACGCCACCCACCUUUCCAUGAUUCAACGUUUACAAAAUGAGCUCAAGCAGCUCGAAUCACUAAAUGAAGAUAAAGGUUCUGGCCUGGAAGCUGUUAAACAAGAAUUUGCUCGUUUAGAAAUGAAUCAUCGCCAAACACUUGAAACUGUUGAAGAACUUCGCGAAGAAAUAAAAAGACGUGAUGCAAUUGCGCAAUCAGAAGCAUCAUCAGUCAUCACUUCAGAAAGUAAUAGUAAGAAUAAUAAUUCUGCCAUAUCUUCCGAGCUUGAUGAACUUGAUAUUAUUAGUAGGAAUCGUGAAGAGGCUGAACAAAAAAUAGAGCUUAUAAGUGAAUUGGAACGUGUAAAGAAAGAUUAUGGUUUACAAGAGCAACUUGUAAUUUCUCUUGAAAAGGAAUUGAACAUGAUGAGACAAGAAUUAAAAAAGGAAGUAGAAGAAAUUAACGAGAAAAAUACAAACGAGCUUGAAUCAUUGAAAAAAUCGUUGGAGAAUGCAUUGAAACAGCGAGAUGAAGAACAAAAAAAUGUUAACAAAUUAGAAAUCGAAAUUAAGACAUUGAAGGAAUUUGAUUCAAACGAUGACGAAAGUUUAAAUGAGCUUAGGGAACAAUUAAUCAACUCAACAUUAGAAAACGAGGAAAAAAAUAAAUUGAUAACGGAGCUUAAUAAUCAAUUAACAAAUGCUGAAAAGGAACAUGAACUUAAAAUCCAACAAGUGAAUGAACUAACAAGAGCCCUUGAGAACAAAGAGCUAGAAUAUAAAGAAAUCAUUGAAUCGUUACAUUCUAAGAUCAUGAAUUUAGAAUCUCAGCUUGAAGAAUUAAAAAAAUCAUCGCAAACUGGUCAAAAUAACAUUUCUAAUCUUGGAAAUCAAUUAGCUAAGGCAGAAACUCAACUUGAAGAAUUUAAAGAAUCAGAAGGAAAUAAAAAAUAUAUAGCGAAUGAUCUUGAAGAAAAAUUAAAGGAAGUAAAUAUUGCUUUAAGCGAGAAAGAAAAAUUACUUUCAACUAAAGAUUCACAAAUUGCCGAGCUGGAAUCCAUUGUUCAAAAAAAUAGAUUGGAACAUGAAAAUGCAAAAUUAUCUGAAACUGCUCAAGCCGAUUUAGUUAAAGACCUUCAAUCACAACUUGGCGAGUUGGAGAAAAAAUUAGAAGACAAUAAAAAUUCAUCUUCCUCUGAAUUGAUAGCAUCCAAAGAGUCUGCAGCGAAGAAUGCAAAACUUGUUGAAGAGUUAGAAGCCAAGUUAGAAUUUUUGGAAAAAGAAUUGCCUACAACUGUGAAAACAGGUAUUGACUCGGUAACUUUGACGAGCGCAGAAUUAGAAGAAAUCAAGCGUUUAGAAGUUACUCAAGAGGCUUUAAUUAAAGACUUGAAAACUGAACUGGAAGAAAAACAAGAUUCUUUGAGUAAAUUAGAAGAAACAGUCCAACAAAUUAAUGGAGAACUUGAAAGUGUUAGAACGUCUGAAAAUAAUAAAUCUGAAUUUAUAAACACUUUGGAAAUGAAGUUAAAAGAAGCUGAAAAUAAUUACAGUACGGAAACUUUGAAAUUGAAAGAUGCUAAAGAUGAAAUAGAGGAUCUUAAGAGGCAGUGUAAAACAUUAGAAAAUCAACUUUGUGUUUUCCAAAAAGAUAAUGAUGAAACUGUUGAUGAUAAUGCUGUGGUUGAAGAUCUUACAAAUCAACUUAAAAAAGCACAUGAUGAAAUUAAAGAAUAUCAAGACCAUCUAAAAGAAUUAGAAAAUAUUUCUAAACAAGUUGAGGCUGAUAAAAAUAAUCAGAUUGACGUAAAUGUAGAUCUUACACACCAAAUUAAGAACCUUCAAAAAGAACUUGAACGUAUGGCAGAAGAACUCACCGAAUCCACAACAGAAAAUGAAAGCAUUAAGACGCUUUCACAAAAACAAAAAGAUCCAAAUGAGGAUUUAAGACAAAAGAAUAACGAACUUGGUGAAACAAUAAAGGUUUCAGAAGAGAGAGUAGUAUUACUAACAGAAAACGUUAAAAUCCUAGAAAGUGAAGUUGAACGAUUAAAAUCUGUUGGAUCUAAAGGUUUUACUGCUGUAAGCGUUGAUGAAUUAAAAAGUAAAAUAAGUGAGCUUGAGGCUGAAAAAGAAGGAUUGGAGGAAGCUAAUAAAGCAUUCUGUGAAGAGCGUAAGAAGCUCGAUCAAAAAAUAGAUUCAUUAUUGAAACAGUUACAAACAGCAGGGCGUGAAGGUAAUAAAGGAGCAGCACAAUUAUCAGAAUUACAUGCUAGGCUGACAGAAAUUGACCAAGAAUAUAAUAAUUAUAAACAAAAGUCUAUAACUGAUAUUCAAGAGAUGGAGUCAGAGAUUACAAGAUUAAUUGAUGUAAAUCAACAACUUGAAAAAGAAUUAAGUAAAAUAAAUUCAAACAUACUAACCCCAGAUAAUGUAUCGAUCAAGUCAAGAAGCAGCGUGACAUCAUUUGAUGUUGUACCACCUUCACCUGGUGCAUCCCGAGCCAAUAAUUUAGAUAGCACAGCUAAAACCAAACUUAAUCGACAAGAAAAUAAGAUCAUACAACAAAGCAAUAUUAUUAAAGUUCUUCAAGAUAAAGUUAUGGAACUUGAACGUAGAUUAGUAGAGGAAACUUCUCGUCGUAGAAGACCUUCAAAUGCCAGUGGAAUCUCUGUAACAGAUGUUGAUAAUUCAAGAUUAUCCACCAUGUCCACAGUAUCUAAUAAUUCUUCUUCAGACGCACUAAAGAAAGUACGACCUGGCAUGAUAGCGACACCACCAAAUUCAUCGCGACCUGAUUCUAAUACAGAGGUUACAGUAGAAAUUCAAAAAUUACAAAAGAAAUUAGCCAGAUUAGAGGGGGAUAAUCUUCAAAGUCGUCAUUUGGUUGCAACUCUAGAAAAUUCACUAACAGAAAACGAAGACGAGUUACGUGUUGCUAAGCAACAAUUACAAUUUUUACAAAAAGAAAAGACAGAACUUUUAGAUCAAAUUAAAGCAUUGAGAUCACAGUUGGAUGAAACAACGGCCCAAUUUGAACACGCCAAAUCAUCGGUGUACGAAGAAAAGAAGGAUAUCGAAAAGGUGUUGGAAGUAGAGCGAAAAGCCAAAGAAAAUGCCGAGAAAGCGAGAAGGCAACUUGAAAGUCGGAUGGAAGAACUCAUGGCCAAGAAAAGCAAGUUCAUGUGCUUUUAA